AUGGCGAAGAACAAAGCGAAGAAGCAAAAGCUCGCGAAGAAGCCUGAGACCACAACCACCAAAAUCGACAAGCAACUCAAGAAGAAGAAGAAAAUCACCGGAAAAACCCCACCACUCCCAAAGAUCGAAACCCAAAUCGCCACCGCCAGUGACUCCGAUUCCGAUACCGAAUCGGAAAAAUUCCAAAAACUCCUCGAACCCUACACCAAAGACCAACUCAUGGAAUUCAUUGUAGACGCCGCACUCAAAGACGCCUCACUCUUCGAUCGAAUCCGCGAUACCGCCGAUAAAGACGUCUCUCAUAGAAAAAUCUUCGUCCACGGCCUUGGAUGGGACACUACUCGCGAAACUCUAACUGCGGCUUUCAAACAAUUCGGAGAAAUUGAGGAGUGCAAUGUUGUCACUGAUCGUGUAACAGGUAAAGCCAAGGGAUUUGGUUUCGUUUCAUUUAAAACCCGAAAAGCCGCGGCAAAAGCUUUGAAAAACCCUAGAAAAAAGAUUGGUAAUCGAAUUACUUCGUGUCAAUUGGCUUCGGUUGGGCCGAUGCCUCCGCCGCAGAGCCAGGACACCGCCUCCCGGAAAAUUUACGUGAGCAAUGUGAACCAUGACGUUGAUCCGGAGAGAUUGAGGGCCUUUUUUGCGAAAUUUGGGGAAAUUGAGACGGGUCCACUAGGUUUUGAUAUGCAGACUGGGAAGUCGCGGGGGUUUGCUUUGUUUGUGUAUAAGACUCAGGAAGGGGCGAAGAAGGUGUUGGAAGAGCCGUACAAGAUGUUUGAGGGGCACCAAUUGCAUUGUCAGAGGGCUGCAGAGGGGAAGAGUAAGGUGGGGGGAGCGGCGUCGGUGACAACAGCGUUGCAGCCAGUGCAGUUGCCGGCCUUGGCGGCUGCACAGAAUUUGGCAUUGUUUGGUCAGCAGCACCCAAGUUUUAAUCCGUUGUAUAGUGCAUUGCUGGCCAAUCCAAAUAUGGGGCUACUUGCAGGGGGUACAGUGAAUCCACUUUUGGUGGCAGGGGGUUUGGGUCCUGCUGGUAGUGCAGCUAUGGGGUUUGGGGCUUAUGGUGGGGUUGGGACGCAGGGUUUGGGUAGUUUAGGUGGGAGUACUUCGGUGCUUGGUGCCUAUGGAGGAGCUGGGACUAAUGCCCCAAUGCUGCAGGGUUUGCAACAUAUGUACCCAAAUGCACAAAUUGGGCAGACCUCAUCAGCUGGGGCUCGCGGGACUGGUGGUAAUUUCAAUGGCUAUCCAUCAUAUUUGUGGUAUGAUCG